UUUGAUGGUGAAUUUGUAAAACAGCACAACAGAAACCGGGAAACAAGACGAACCAGAAAACAAAGGUUUAUAUCCCUUCUCUCUGGUACGAAAUUUACAAUUUUUCUUCAAUUUUCGCAAAAACUACACCUCUUGUAAGCUUGUCUUUCUACUUUCUAGUACCUCAAAACCUAUUUCUAGUUCCAAGUUCAAUAAAACCUUUUUUUUUUUAUUACACAAAAAAUAAACUUCUUUUAUUAUUUAUUUUGCCCAAUUUUUGGUUUGCUAUUUUGCUUAAUUUAUGUAAGGGUUUAAGAUUUAUUGUUUAAAACUUCCUGCUUCUGGGUCACUUUAAAGUUUAAAACUUUUUAGUAAUUUCAACACUCCAUUGAAGUGUGGAACAAACAAAACCAUGAAUUCAGUACCUUCCAAAAACCUAUGGAUUCGGAGACAACAGUGUCCUUGUGGUGAUUGGAAGUGUUACAUUACAUAUGAAGGUGAUGCUGAGGAGUGUUCUGCAGCACCAGAAUCAGUCAAAUCAGAUAAAACAUCAUCUUGUGGAACUAUGAUUACCCCUUAUGUUGGAAUGGUGUUUAAGAGUGAUGAUGAAGCUUUUGAAUAUUAUGGAAACUUUGCUAGGAAAAAUGGUUUCUCCAUUAGGAAAGAAAGAAGUAGAAUUAGCCCUCAGUUGGGGAUUUACAAGCGUGACUUUGUUUGUUAUCGAUCCGGGUUUGCCCCAGUGAAGAAGAAACCCAAUGGAGAAAAUCAUAGAGAUAGGAAAUCGGUUAGGUGUGGAUGUGAUGCAAAAAUGUACCUUUCUAAGGAGGUUGUUGAUGGUGUUUCUCAAUGGUUUGUUGUGCAGUUUAGUAAUGUGCACAAUCACGAACUUUUGGAAGAUGAUCAAGUGCGCCUUUUACCUGCGUAUCGUAAAAUUCAUGAGGCUGAUCAGGAGCGUAUACUCUUGCUUUCGAAAGCAGGGUUUCCGAUACACCGGAUAGUGAAAAUGCUUGAGCUUGAAAAGGGGAUUCAAGGCGGGCAUUUGCCUUUCUUGGAAAGGGAUGUGAGGAACUUUGUCCAAAAUCGCAAGAAGGUUGUUCAAGAGAACGAGGCACUGCUAAGUGAGAAAAGAGAAAACGAUGUUUUGGAACUUCUUGAGGUUUGCAAAGCCAUGAAAGAAGCAGAUGUUGAAUUUGUUUAUGAUUUUUCAGUGGAUGAGAAUGAGAAGGUUGAAAAUAUAGCUUGGUCGUAUGGUGAUUCUGUUAACGCGAACGCCGUGUUUGGUGAUGUAGUUUAUUUUGACACUACUUAUCGAUCAAUCACUUAUGGAUUGCUUUUUGGAGUGUGGUUUGGUAUUGAUAGCUGUGGCAGAACCAUUUUUUUCGGUUGUGUUUUAUUGCAGGAUGAAACGCCUCAAUCGUUCUCGUGGGCGUUACAGACAUUUCUCCGGUUCAUGAGAGGAAGAUGUCCACAAACAAUUCUAUCUGAUCUUGAUCCCGGGCUUAGAGAUGCCAUUAGAAGCGAAUUUCCAGGAACUAAACAUAUCAUUCCACUGUGGAAUAUUCUGAACAAGGUAUCAAGCUGGUUUUCCCUUCCUCUGGGAUCUCGCUACGCAGAAUUUAAAUCCGAGUUCAACGCCUUAUUUCACAUUGAGAAUACAGAGGAAUUUGAACUUCAAUGGAGCCAAAUGAUUUCUGUUUUUGGACUUGGUUCAGAUAAACAUACUGAUUUACUGUAUUCAGUUCGAGCAUCCUGGGCACAAUCGUAUGUGAUAGGUUACUUUUUGGCCCGAAUGGCGACAACAGCGUAUUCCAAGUCUAUAGAUUCGUUUCUGAAAGGAAUCUUCACCGAACAUAGGUGUUUGCGUAGCUUUUUCGAACAGGUUGGCAUUUCUGCAAAUUUUCGACAUCAAUCACAUCAUGAGACUCAAUAUACAAAUCUUAGAACUUGCAUACCAAUUGAAGAGCAUGCACGGAGUAUUCUCACACCUUAUGCUUUCAAUGCUUUGCAGCAAGAGUUAUCGCUGGCAAUGCAGUAUGCUUCAUCCGAAAUGGCCAAUGGAUCAUAUAUUAUCCGACACUUCAAAAGGUUGGAUGGAGAGCGGCUCGUGAUAUGGCUGGCGGAAGAUGAACAGAUACACUGCUCUUGCAAGGAGUUUGAAUCCUCAGGAAUAUUAUGCAGACACGCUAUUCAUGUACUUGUAAUGAAGAAUUACUUUCAGCUUCCUGACAAAUACUAUUUAAGUAGAUGGCGACGGGAAUGCUCUUUACUCGUCGAGGAUGAACAUAACAACCAAAGUAUAAUUGGUGGUGAAUGGUUUCAAGAAUAUCACUCCCUAGCUGAAACUUUGUUUUCAGAAUCAUUGAUUACGAAAGAGAGAUCCGACUAUGUUCGCAAAGAACUGAUAAAAGAACUUAAUAGGAUUCUUCAUGAGGUUAGAAAUUUGCCUGAGACUGAUGGAGUCUGCAGCAUGAACAUGACGGUUUCGCCAAAUAGCUAGGAAGGUUGAAGUUUGAGUUGUAUAUAUGUGAUGAAAUGCAACUUUGAAAUCAUUGGCAUCAUGAUAUUGUACAUGUACAUGAAGAUAUGAUUUGUUGCUGAAGUACCGGCAGCUUUUGUAUUAGUUAUCAGGUUAGAGAGAAAGUUUAUGGAAUGUCCAAGGAUUUUACUGAUGAGCAUACUUUAUAUUAUGUACUUCACUGUAUUUUUCUAUAAUAUAUGAAAUUUAUGUAUGUUACUUUCAUAUA